AUGUUGGAGGAUGUUGGAAAACUCCCACAGGUGACGAGUGUUUUAAAGAAGUGCAUUUUCAUGAAUGGCUACAUUUAUGUUCAUGUCCCUCUUGUGACUAUGAUGAGGAAGUUCACAAAUAAGGCAAAAUUGUAUAGGCCAGCGGUUACUAGAUUUGCUACAUGUUUCAUCACUCUUGCGCAAUAUCACAAGCAGCAGAAUAACUUGAGGAAGAUGGUUACUUCAGAAGAAUGGGAGAGCUUGAAAUGGUCAAAGGAAGCUGGUGGAAAGAAAGUAAAAACAUAUAUUCUGCAAGAAAGCUUUUGGAAAAAUGUUGUGUAUGCUCUAAAGUUGCCAGGUCCAAUUGUUGAGGCAUUAAGAAAAGUUGAUGGAGAUAGAAAACCAGCCAUGUGA